GUAUACGGGAUGGACGUACUGCGAGUACUGCAUGUGGAGCCACAUUCAGUAAGAUAAGUUUAUGGAAUGAAUCGAGGCCGCCAUCCGGCAGCGACUGUGAACUUUUCGUGUUAAUCGUAGUGUUCGAGUGAACGAUUAUGGUCUUUUGGUGUCAAUCCUAAACAAAUUACUUGCCAUAAAUAGCACUACAAAAAUUUGUGGAAAUAGCAAUUCGCAAAUUCCGGUACGUUUUCCAUCUGCGAAAAACAGUAUCAAAUGAAGUUCCGAAGUGAAAAAUUGUAGUCGAAAUUCUACGUGGAACAUCAGGUUUGCCCUUGUAUGUAAGUGUGGUUUGCGGCAGGUCGAAAAGAGCUUAUAAAAGUUCAUGUGGAGGAACAACAACAGAAAAUGUGCUUGUAUCAACAUCUCCGCAUACGUGUGUGGAAUUUCUCGUGAAUCCCGUGGCUUCCACGGAUCUUCCCAAUCCCAAGAAUGUAACUAGUUUUAUCUAGUGAAGAAGUCGAGCUUGCCCGUCUCGUCGUUUAUCUUGUACUUUGUGGAUUUGCUUUACAUUCGUACAUGUGGUGUAUAAGUUGAAACGAAGAUCAAGUUGUGACUGGCGCGAAAGAAAACUAAGCUCAGAAACGGCCCCCCAAAGUCGGAACAUAAGUAAGAAAAACCAACACACACACUUCGAUAACUGAACCGAGACCUCGUAACAUCACAACAGCAUCUGAGCGGUAUGAUCUUCAUUGAGUGAGUGCGCGAGAGACAACCAUUUUUAUAAAAUUGUCGACGUCACUUUAAUCUAGAUAUGACCACUCGAAGAAAAGUGCCACGGUAUGAAAAUUUGUGAAAAUCGCAUGCAGCAGAGAAUGACAAAUGCGGAAUAAUUGAAACUUUGUGUGGGAAUCGAGCACACCAGCAGUGUAAAGUGCAGUGUAGAUGAGCGUUCCAGUGACUCACGUUACAUUGCAAUGCGCCUUCAUUCAAUCUCGAUCGUCGAAUGGAUUUCCAGCAUGUAUGAGCGAUUAAUUAACACAAUCGAACAAAUGAAUAACUAAUCGAGCUUUUUCUUGAUCGUCAGUAAGGGCAGAUUUACGUGUGCAUUAAAAAUAUUUUACCGAUGAUUAAUCGUUUUUUUAUUUUCGUUAAAGUUAAAAUGUGUAUGGUGAAUUGAAGUGUCCAUGAGAUCGAACUAAGUUACGUUGCACAAUACUAGUUGAAUUGUUAGGUUUGUCUGUUUUUGGUUCAUUUUGUGUGCAAAGUAAAGUCACCAAAACAGAAAACCUUGUGUUAUGAAAUAUCUGUUGGUGAUCAUUUCUGACCAGCUGAAAAUGAUUAAUUACAAGAAGAGUUGAGUGUUUGUUUUCUAUACAGCUAUCACAGUGUUAGUGUUUAUUGCAUGUGUACAAAUUCUUCGUACAUUGACUAAAUUCAAACUUGUAAGUCGGAUCACAAGUCUAGCCGAUUGUAUAUUCAGCAGUGAUUGAUGUGCAAACGAGGAACUACUGUCAAACGGGCGAACUGGGAAAUGCCGUUCAAGAUGCAUUUGUCAUCGCAGUUGAACAACAAGCUAGAGAAAGACUGCAACGCCUAUCGGCUCUCAAACGGAUCACUCCGGUGGACAUGUCUCAACUGUCUAUAAAGUUGAAUCAGCAAAGUCAAGCCAAAGGUGGAACCACGCAAGAUCUUAGUUUCCUCAAGGAAGCCUCGCCCAUAUACGUAACAUCUCUCUCGAACAACGCUGUCUCUGUGUCCAACACCAGCACCACGGUAACGGCCGGAACUAAACUUAACUACUCAGCCGGGUCCAAUUUACAACAAACAGCAACAAAUAACAAUAACACGGCCAAACUGAUAGGUAACGUAACAACUACAGCGACGUUGACUGCAAUUACUGGAACUAAUCUGGUGGUUGGGUCUGCAGCAGCCAAAAGUGCUCAAAAUGUGAUCAACUCCAACAUCGGCUUAAAGCCUGUUACUAAUCAAAUUCAAUCAACUCCACCUCAUUCCUCAAACACCAGCAUUUAUUCAAAUGCCCCACCUUCGACAUCACGUCAAAAAAUCGCUCCUACUGUAUCUAACCUGGUGACACCAAAUCAAACAUCAUCGUCAACUUUUCGAGGUACCUCGUCUGCGACCACUCCUAUCAAACCAGACGAGCUGCAACAAUUUAAUCUGAAUAACAACAAUUACCCCAUCAAUAGUAACAUUAUAACUGUGAACCAUAGUCUUAUAAACAACAACAUUAAUAGCAAUAUAAUUAAAACUGGUGCUGGUAAUAGUUCUUGUGGUAGUUAUUACAGUAAUCUUACCAAUCCAAUUAUCGCAAACGGUCAUGGUCCUAAGCGAGAGCUAGCUACGUUAUCGGAAGGUGAACUCGAGCCCCAGGAAGAAACAUAUGAGACGAACAGCAACAUAUCAAGAGGAGGCACAGAAGUUCUACUAGGCGACCAGAGUUUGCGACACGAAAACCGGUCCCGCCGACGGUCCGGCUCCAGUAUCGUUGUGUUGGGUGGUGAUGAUACGCUAAAACCGAGCCUGCCUAUUGAUGACUAUCAGGAGGACUUUGAGAUGUACAAUAUGAUUUCAGCUAAUCAGGAUAAUGGACCACAUCGGGAGAUGGCAGUAGAUGUACCUGAAUCAUUUAUAGCUCGCAACAAAACACCACCACGAUAUCCACCACCACGCAGCACAACACAGGUAAAUCAUGUUUCCAAUGCAAUGCCUCAAGUAUCGAAACAUGCAAACGGAGGUGUCUCCUUGGAGCUAGAACCUCUUGACGGCUACAGCGAUAAAAAUUCAUCCUCGCUAGACGGUAGCAAUGAGUUCUGUAAAAAAAAUUCCAGCAAAGGGCCGUCCUCGCUCGGCUCUGCGUGCGAAUCAAUCGGCUUCGAUUCGUUCAAUUAUAUGAAAAACUCAAGAGGUUCGCUCAGUACAAGGAGCUCCUCGUCGGGUGACCUAGGCCCACCCGAGUACGAUAUGGGUCCGCAUCGUGAGCUUCCAGUAGACGUUCCGGAUAGUUUUGUUGAAGUAAUUAAAGCACCACCACGCUAUCCACCACCUAAAGCAUUAAUCAUAAGAGAGGUUGUCAAAAAGAAAGAAUCAUCCUCAUCCGACGAAUCUAUCGAUAAACUAAAACCGCAACCACAAGCACCAAUGCGAAACGAGCUCAAUGGCUCCGUGAAGCCCAUUCCGCCCCCACGCGAUCAUCUUCGAAUAGAGAAGGACGGCCGUUUGACGAACCGGGCUCCCGUGCCAGCACCGCAAGUGCCGGAUCGAAAGGCAGUACCGACGACACCCCACCAACACAUUGGCCAAGUUGUGGAACCUACUCCAGAUCAGCUAGAUAGCAUAAAGAAAUUUCAGGAGCAGCUACGCAAGCGCAGAGAGGAGGAAGAGCGGAUAGCGGCUCAGAAUGAUUUUCUGCGAAAUAGUAUUCGUGGUUCUCAACGAUUGCGGGCUUUGCAGGACAACCCCAUCGCAGAGAAAACCAUUGGAGUUGAUAACGAAGCUUACGCAGAAGAUGAAGAACCGGAUAAAAUUAUUGGAUAUAGCGAACUGGUCUCAGCGUUGCAUCGAUUACAGGGUCACCUCAAUAAGCAUGGAUUGGCUGCACUCGCUGGCAGAGUCACAGCGGCUCAAACAUUGCUACUUGGUCCUGGAAUCGCUCGUGCCCUCGCUGCUCGGACGGCCGUUCUGGAACGCCGGCGGCCUAAGAUUCAGAAUCCCAUUUGCUCAAAUUCUCAGGCACUCGCCAAGGACUGCGUCGAAUCGUUGGCUCAGUCCAAUUCACCAGCUGCAAUAGAACUGUGUGAUCUAUUAUCAACAUAUGAAAUGGAAGGACUACUUCUGGCUCACGAUCGCGUUGCAUCAAGUACCGAUCGUUCUCCAGCGUACGGCAUCGGUGCCGUAAGCUCCAAUCCCGUGGUGCCAUUACCAUUGAACAAUAAUAAUCUAAUGACCAGCGUUACUACGGUCAAACCAAUAUCAGUUUUGCCAUCAAUUCCAAAUAAUACUAACUUAGUUAAUAACAAUAACAACAACAUAGUGAAGCGUGAGCCAAUUAGUGUGCCACUCGGUGUACUGCGAGAUGGCAGUCAGGAUCACAUUAGAAUUAUUCAAAUCGAAAAAUCAUCUGAGCCUCUUGGUGCGACUAUUCGCAAUGAAGGAGAGGCGGUUGUAAUAGGUCGUGUGGUACGAGGAGGAGCAGCGGAGAAAUCAGGGUUGCUGCAUCAAAAUGAUGAAAUUCUUGAGGUGAAUGGUAUCGAAAUGCGUGGAAAGUCUGUGAAUGACGUAUGCGCGUUACUAGGUUCAAUGACCGGUACACUAACAUUCCUAGUAGUACCUGCCGGCGCAUCUCCGAUGGUUCCCGGAAUGCGAGAUCCUCCCGUUCUCCAUGUGCGAGCUCAUUUCGAUUACGACCCAGAAGAUGAUCUUUACAUUCCAUGUCGCGAGCUUGGUAUAAGUUUCCAGAAAGGAGAUGUAUUGCACGUGAUAUCUCGUGAUGACUCAAACUGGUGGCAGGCUUAUCGAGAAGGUGAAGAGGAUCAAACUCUUGCUGGGCUGAUACCAAGUCAACCGUUCCAACAUCAGCGCGAAUCUAUGAAACUGGCUAUAGCCGGUGAAGUUGGUUUGAGAACUCGAAAGGAUGCUAAUGGUAAAGCGGGAGGAUCUACUCUUCUUUGUGCUCGUAAAGGAAGAAAGAAGAAGAAAAAAGCUAGUAGUGAGCAUGGGUAUCCUUUGUACGCAACGGCAACAGCAGAGGAUCCUGAUCCGGAAGAGAUUCUCACAUACGAAGAAGUGGCCCUAUACUACCCGCGCGCAUCUCAUAAACGACCAAUUGUACUGAUUGGACCUCCAAAUAUUGGACGACAUGAGCUCCGUCAACGACUGAUGGCCGAUUCAGAGAGGUUUGCUGCAGCGAUACCUCAUACUUCCCGACCACAGCGAGAAGGAGAAAUUCCUGGUCAAGACUAUCACUUCAUCUCGAGGCAACAGUUCGAGUCGGACAUACUCGCAAGAAAGUUUGUCGAGCACGGCGAAUACGAGAAAGCGUAUUACGGAACGUCGCUAGAGGCAAUUCGAGCGGUGGUAGCGAGUGGUAAGAUAUGUGUACUAAAUCUACACCCUCAAAGCUUGAAAUUGCUUCGAUCUUCGGAUCUGAAACCGUACACAGUGCUCGUAGCGCCACCUAGUUUGGAAAAGCUUCGUCAGAAGCGAAUACGUACUGGUGAACCAUACAAGGAGGAAGAGUUGAAAGAAAUCAUAGCUACAGCUCGCGACAUGGAAGCACGGUGGGGUCAUCUAUUCGACAUGAUCAUCAUCAACAAUGACACGGAACGAGCCUAUCAUCAACUGCUCGCCGAGAUCAACUCACUCGAACGAGAACCACAAUGGGUGCCAAGUAGCUGGUUACAUAACUAAAUUAAGGAAGUGAUGCGUUUUCUACUUAGAUAUUUUUCUAUAUGAGUUGUUUUGUAUAGCAAAAAAUACUAUCGGUUAAGUCUGAUACUGAUAAAUGAACUUGAAGAUAAAUUAUCGUAAUUUAUGUAAGUAGAACCCUAACACAUUCAUGGAAAAAAGAACAUUCCUUAGCAUUAUUAUGUAGCAGGGAUGACGAAACAUGAUUACUGCAAAUCAAAAUAUUUCUAGGAACAUGCAAAUAAAUUCCAACUGAUAUGUACGGUAAGCAACGUUGUUAUUUUCGUUUUUUGAAACAGAGUAUAAAAAGUUUAUUUAGAUUAUUUCUUGUAAAAAGUAUAUAGAAAGAUUGUUUUAUAUGUAUAAAUUUUAUUUAUCUGUCCAUAUUUUACUAUUAUCGAAAAAACUGAACACAAUAAAAGCAAUUUCUAAAUGUUAAAUCUUAUCGAAAAAUAGUCAAACUCAGAAACCCCUUACAACAUUCAAUAAACGUAACACAAUGCAUUAAUAAAUCUAAAAUUGAGAAAUAAAAUCGAAACACAUAUUGGUCCGGUUCGCAAAAUACAUGAGAACAGCAACAACAAAAAAGUAUUCGUGUUCAUAAUUUACUCUAACAGAACAAAAGAACAAUUAGAGGUAACAAAUUGAACUAGAAACAAGUGCAGAAUAUAGACAAGCCAGCUUAAAUUCACCCAAAAAAAAUUAUAACCAAUAUUUUUGAUACGUAUUCAAGUAACGUCGAAGAUCGUUUGCAGUUAGCUGCCGAUUAAUUUGCGACAUUAUAACAUUCUCUCCGGUCCGAAAAAGCCGCCUUCGAAAAAUGAACAAAAGAAUAUUACGCUCAAUAUUAUGCAUGUAUAGUCGUAAUAACGAAUAAUAAACCAUCAGAAAAAAUAAA